AUGAAGCUCUUCGUCUUCCUCUUCGUAUUUCUUCUUUCUGAUCCCAUUUUGUGCCAGAACGGGAAGUACAGUAAUAUAAGGUUACAAUAUAGAGAUGGGCACCUAGAAUUAAUCUUUGCAGAUACGAACGCCACCGAUCGGGCGACCGACGAUUUUUUCUUCCUAUAUGACCACAUCCUAAAUAGUCCCUACGACGAGUAUUGGGAGGACGACGAGUAUUGGGAAGACGAUGAUGACUCCUCAUCGGAUCCACCAACUGCUGCCGCGGAUUCUCCUUCUUCGGCGGAACAGAAGAUAACUCAACAAUCCUCUGCCUUCACCGAACUUGCCAGCGACAUUAGAUGCCCAAAUUUUGAUGGACUCUUCAUGCUUUCUCCGACAGUAGUUCAUCCUAAACAAAUGAGGCUCGUCCUCACUACAGACAUCUGCGAAUGGGACUGGUAUUGUUGGAUGAUGGCUAUCAAUGAACCCAAACCAAGAAGUCGACCCUUCAUCCACAACUACAUCAUCAACCUGACUUGCACGCACCGUCCAAACCAGAAGAUAAAGAUUGAAAUAGUGGAGAAAAUGAGGCAGAAGCUGGGUUUCCCCAACGACUGCCCCACUUUCCUCAACGACUGCCCCACUCGUGUUAUGGAGAGCUGCAAAUACCAAAUGCUUCACCAGUUUAUUGCUUUCCUUGCUCUCCUCAUUCUCCCUCAAUUGGCUCUGGCUACUGCGGGGACACCAAUCUGCACAAAUGGAUUCACGCUGGUCAAUGGAAAGUGUUGGAGAUUUUUCGCGACAGGUGCAAGUCAUAGAUCUGCAGAGAGGACUUGCAUGAAUUAUGGGGCGACGUUGGUGACUGUGAAGAAUGCUAUCGACAACCGUGCCGUUCAAACAAUAGUCGGAACCUCCACUUACUCUAUAUGGAUGGGUCUCUACUGUUUCGGAAAUGACGUCACCAAAUGCCUUUGGGAUGAUGCAAGUGGUUCCAGUGAACUAUACGACAACUUUUUGAGUGCAUACCCACAAAUUGAAACUGGGAAGUGUGUGGUUUACUCGUUGCAAUCAUCCAUGGUGGGAAGGUGGUACAGUGCGGAUUGUCAGAAUGAGACGAGAGCAUUCGUUUGUGAGCUGCCGACUAGUUAUGCAGAUAACUGUGGCAACAACUAUAAUGGCUACUGCUACACCCAUUUCCCGGCCGCUCCAUUCAUCGUCGCCCAGGAAAAUUGCGAAGAACACUGUGGAAACCUUGUCUCAAUCCGGUCUGCCAACGAGAAUCGUUAUAUCAAUUCCCUCUUCCUCCAAUCUGGAACUGGAAGUAUCCUCAUCGGAGCCACCAAGACUUCCAAAAACUCAUAUUCAUGGUUCGACGGGUCUCUUUGGUCUUAUAACAAUUUUGAUACCACCGCUCUUCAAACUGGAAACUGUGUUGCCAUGUCAUUCGGAACUAGUAAUAAUGUGUCUGCUGGAACUUGGUAUACUGUAGAUUGUGGAGCUUCUUAUGGAUACAUGUGCAAGAGACCUGCAGGAGUCCAAUGUCCAGCGAAUCCUCCUGCGGUUACUGUAACUCCUGUCCCUUCUAACCCAUCUUACUGUAACAGUACCCUUCUCAUGGCACCUGGAACCAUCACAUCUCCGAAUUAUCCGAGAUACUACGAUAAUAAUGUGUACUGUACGUAUCAGUUGACAACUCUUGGAGCUUAUAACAUCUUGCUGAAAUUCACAAGUUUUGUCACUGAAGCCAAGUUCGAUUAUGUUGCCGUGUAUGAUGGAGAUAAUACAAAUAGUUACUUGUUUGGAAACUACAGUGGACCUGUGCCAGCAUUCAGUUUGGUCUCGACUGGAAAUAGUAUGCUCGUCACAUUCAGAUCGGACAAGACCAACAAUUAUCAAGGAUUCACUGCAAGUUUCUCUUCGUAUGUUUAUCAUUCAUAA